GGAAAAGGUUCUGUAAAAUAGGGAAAACUCCUUCGUCUGAUUGUACACAGUGAAACAAAGUUGAUUCACAUAAUCGAGGGAAUUUCGCGUAGAGUAGAUUUAUCAAGGAUAACCGACAUAUUGACCACAUUCAGUGCUGCAGAGUAAGCGAAGUACUAAACAGUAUAAAGCUCUACGCAACAACUUCAAAUAAUAUUGGUUAUUACACUCGAUUUUACCAGAAAGUGACUUUCAUCUAACAUCUGCGAAAAGAAAGCUAAAGAAUGGGAAGAAAAGGAAAAAAGAAGGCGCAAGAAAACGACGGUGAGGCGGGACCAUCCCAACAUUCCCAGGGCCACCAACAACAGCAGCAGCAGCAGCAGCAGCGACAGCAGCAGCAGCAACAGCAGCAGCAGCAGCAGCGACAGCAGCAACAGCAGCAGCAGGCGGCACGUCCUCAAACAGCUACUCAUGAAACUGGUCAACAGAGAGGGCAGCGCCCUCCACAGGAUUCCCGAUCAGUGCCUACUGUAACUGCACCCCAGGGAGUAGCACAGGUUACUGAACAUAUGGGAGAAAUGGGUCUUAGACAGGGGGAGCAGACACAGCGGGGAAGGGAUCCCAUUGCAAGAGGUAGGGGUCAGCCGGAUUAUCAAAGGGGUCGAGGUGGACAAACAUUUAGGGGACAAGGAAGAGGACAAGCCCCUAGCAAGCAACCACAACCUCAGGAACCUCCGUACGAGCAACGGCAACGCUUGCAGGGUGAAUUUUCGCCCCCCCAACAACAGGCUGCAUCGGGACAAACGUCUUCGAGCUCAUCUAAAGCUUCAUCAAGGGCUUCCAGUCAAGCCUCCGUCGUUGUGGGUGCUAAAGACACCGGCUCAACAACAUCUACGGUAGGCAGUGGAACACACACAUCCCUGUCCCAGUCAGUGAAAAUAAACACCAAGUUGAUAGACCUUCAAACGAAAAAUCGCCAUCUGGCCGAGAUCCCUCGCCGCAAGAAUCCGAUGAAAGGUGGCACCGCAGGCCGCCCUAUUAGAGUCGAAACCAACAUGCUUUCAAUAAUCUUCAAGAAGAACUUGAAUAUCCCAGUAACCCACUACGACGUGAAGUUCGAACCAGACCGUCCGAGAUUCCUAUUCAAGUUGGCCUUUGCCAAGCUCAGAUCCCAGCACUUCCCCAACAAUUAUCCAGCUUUCGAUGGGCGCGUUAAUGCUUACGCAGCGGGUGAUCUGCCAUUUGGAGCAGAGCUGACAGCCACUGUUACAGUGGUAGAUCAUGAGACCCAAAGGGAGAGAGAGGUGAAGGUCACCAUGAAAAAGGCUAACUCCAUCGACAUCUCGUGGCUCCAUAAUGUCAAGCCAGGACUAGUAGAGUCUGAUCGGGAUCAGACUACAAUACAAGUACUCGAUGUAAUCCUACGUUCAGCAUCAUUCGCUCGUUCCAUCCAGGCGGGACGUUCCUUCUUCACCCCGCAAAGAAACCCAGUGGAUUUAAGUUCCGGCAUGGAACUGUGGGGUGGACUCUUCCAGUCCGCAGUUCUCGGUUGGAAGCCCUACCUAAACGUAGAUGUUGCUUUCAAGGCGUUUCCCAAAUCCCAGAAUGUUGUGGCAGCCAUGAAAGAAUUAUGCUCAACAUUCAGGGAACCCUGUAAUCAGUUGACUGCUCAGGUUGUCGAGUACAAUCGAAACAAGAUUGAGAGUUACCUCAGAACUCUUAAGGUUAUCUAUCAACUGCCAGGGCAACCGACGAGCAAACGAACUGUUGGUAUUAAUGGACUAGGCAAAUCAGCACGAGAAACUACUUUUCAACUGGAAAAUGGACAGGCAACAACAGUUUUGGGUUAUUUCCAAGGGGCUAAAGGAUACCAUAUACAGUAUCCAGAUAUUCCUUGUCUCUGGGUAGGCUCUAAAAACAAGCACACUAUGGUACCAGCUGAGUUGUGCACUAUUACAUCCGGUCUUGUUACCAACAAGAAGCUCGAUGAAAAUCAGACGAGAACCAUGAUUAGAGAGACAGCGAAAGACGCUAAAACCAGAAAAGCCAGGAUCAACGACGCUUUUCGAGCUAUGAACUUUAACGAACAUCCUACAAUGAAGGAAUUCGGUGUUCAAAUUGAUCCACAGUUUUCGGUAGUCGAUGCACGUGUCCUUAAUCCUCCCACUCUCCAGGACCAACAGAUAAUAGUACCUUCCAAAGGUGUCUGGAGGGCGAAUAAAUUUCGAACGGGUCAGACAUUGGAGGACAAGAGCUGGAGUAUUCUGAAUUUGAGCAGAGUUAGGGACGAUACAUUACAUUAUUUUGUCGACGAGAUGAAAAAGCAAGCUGCGAGGAAUGGAAUGAAUAUCGGGUCACCUGUGACACCAUUCAAGACGAUGAGACCACCGGGGAGAAAUAUUAGUGAACUCCAGAAUUAUCUUCAGGAUCACAAGAAGAAUAAUCUCAAGCUGCUUUUUGUGGUGAUUCCUGGACAAGGCCUGGAUGUAUAUCCCAAGGUCAAACAGGUUGCUGAAUUGGUCGUUGGGUGCCUAACACAGUGCGUUAAAGACACCACUUUGAAUAAAUUUAAUUCAAUGACGGCUGGAAAUAUUCUUUUAAAAGUCAACUCCAAGCUCAAUGGGGUUAAUCACGUCUUCCAACCGAAUUCAAAACCUAAUUGCCUGCGAGUGCCCUGCAUUAUUUUUGGAGCCGAUGUUACACACCCCUCGCCAGAUGCUACUGAUAUGCCCUCCAUUGCUGCUGUGGCAGCCAGUCAGGAUCCAACUGCAUUCAAGUACAAUAUUGUGGUCCAGCUCCAGCCACCGAGGGAGGAAAUCAUCCUGCAUCUGGAGGACAUUGUUUACAAUCAGAUUAGAAUCUUCGAGAGGAAGAAUAAUUGUCUGCCUCAAAAAAUUAUGUUCUACAGGGAUGGAGUGAGUGAGGGACAGUUUCCUCAUGUCAUGCAUUUCGAGUUGCAGGCGAUGCGCAAUGCCUGCAAGCGGCUGGGACCGACUUAUCAACCAAAAAUUACAUUUUUAGUUGUACAAAAACGGCAUCACAUUAGAUUUUUCCCAACUGAUCCGAGGAACUCUGAUGACAGGAAUGGAAAUGUUCAAGCUGGUACUGUUGUGGAUACUAACAUUACACAUCCAUCGCAUAUAGAUUUUUAUCUCGUGUCUCAUGCUAGUAUUCAGGGUACAGCAAGACCAACAAAGUAUCGUUGCCUGUGGGAUGACAACGAUAUGAGCGAGGAUGAAAUCGAGCAGUUAACUUACUACCUUUGCCAUAUGUUCUCUCGAUGCACACGUUCAGUGAGUUAUCCAGCUCCGACUUAUUAUGCUCAUCUCGCCGCUUUUCGAGCCAGGAAUCUCACCCACGGUAUCAACAUAAACGUUCAGAAUCUAGAGCACGAGCAGAAAAAUCGACUCACUAUUAAGGAUGAGCUUAUCAGCAACAAUCCCAUGUUCUUUGUUUAAAAAAAUAAUAUUUACUGAUAAAAUAUUUUUUCUAUUUUCUUUCAUGUUUUUAUAAUACAUUAGCAUCCCAUGUGAAAGGAAGUCAUUUGCCAUUCCUUCGGAAGGCUGAUUUAUAUUGCUUUAAUCGUUUUGAGAAACAGUAUUGGAUGUAUUCUUAUCCAGACUAUUGUCUCUUUGAUAGAGGGAUGUGUAAAUGCCCAGGACCAUGGGUGUGAUAUGCACAAUUAUGUGGAAUUUGAUUAUUUCGGUUUUUUUUAUAUGAGGAACACAACGUAUCCCUUUAUCUCUUUAUUAUUUUAUUGUUUGACAGCAAACACAUUAUUACAUUUAUUAAUAUAAAAUACAUGAUAGUAAAGAAGCUUGAUGCAUAGGAGCAUAAAUCGUGUACUAACUGAUGUAUUUAUCGUCACCUAUGUAAUUUUCCUCUACGUUAAUAAAGAAUUUAACAAGUAUAGACAGAA